GGAGAAUUCAACCUCAACAAAUGAAACCUACAUCUUGAUCUGUCAAAAAUAUAUGAGUAAUUACACAUUUGCAACAUUGUAUGACACAGCAAAUAGGAUUCCUGUUUUCUCAGCUUAUGAGUACACCGGGGUAGGAGAAAGGAGACCGGGAGAAAGAUGGAAGAUUGAACGUCAGCUUGAACCAUCUGGUGCUGACAUGAAGGUGCCAUUUGUACAUCAGGCAAGCAACAGGGACUACUGCAGCAGUGACACCAAAAAUAAACAAGUUGAUCGUGGUCACCUAUUUCCUUCCAGUCAUGCAAAUAACAAUAACACUAAAAAAUCUACAUUUACAUUAACUAAUGCUGUGCCACAGAAGAAAAGCUUUAAUUCUGGCAGCUGGUGUGACAUGGAAAACAAGGUUAGGGACUUAAUGAAUAAACACUGCCGUCACAAAGAAGAUAACAAUAGAACCUCAGCCUAUGUGCUGACAGGAGCUGUACCUGGCACCGAUACAAUGAAUGACAGAGUGAACAUUCCCUCUUACAUGUGGACAGCAUUUUGCUGCUAUAACAGAAACUCAUGGGUCUCUCAAGCUCACUGGGCCGAAAAUGUAGAUGAGAAGAAUGUUCCAGGCUCAAGUCGAGAUGAGCGUCAUGCUAAAGGUGGAAAAAAAAACAAGAAGAACAACCAGAUAGGAAUCCCAUCAAUAUCCCUGGAACAGUUACAUCAAAUCCUGAGUACAUUUUGGCCAAACAUACAGCUGUUUGCUAACUGUACAAAUAUUCUCAAUGAAAGUUCUCUUCUGGGCAUAAACACUGAACAUGACUAUGGCCAGGAUGAAUCAUGUAAAGAGAUGGAUGCCAAACAAUGUAGUGAGUGACUGGACUUGAAGCCAAUAAUGCAUAAUGAAAUGAAGACAAACAUAAAAGCAUAUUUCAUGUAUUAAUCUUCAAAUUGUCAAAUAUACUAAUUUUGGGUGGCAGGGGUCUUUGGGGGCUUAAGCCCCUGAUGUUUUGACAAAAGCCCCUCAUCUUUUUGAUGAUGGAACAUAUUUAAUUUCCCAAAUAAAAUAUGUUUAAUAACUUUUAA